AUUGAGAAACUCUGAACGGUAAUGCGAGCGUAACAAAAUGAUUCAACAGACCAACUUUUCCUCAAACAUUGUUUGUCACAAUUCGAUUUGUGAUUCAACGAUCGUUAAGCCCAAUACAUAAUCGCGAUGGUGUUGCAACGGAGGAGUUCGUGUUUCGUGCACGCGUUUAGAAUACGUUACAAUACUGGCACACUGAUUGAGAAAUCUUCAUUUGUAUAUUACGGUUAAAAACUCAUCUCGUCUCUAUCCACGUAAUUUAAAAAAAGGAAAAAGAGAGAGAGAAAAAAAUGGCGAAAAAUAGAACACACGAAGAGGUCACGGAGAGUGAUUCGUCCUCUGAAUUCCACGGCACGUGUGUAAAGUUUCGUUUCUACGAGGACGGUGGAGCAGGAAGAGAACGGAGAUGAAGAGAGGUCGAAGAAGAGAGAGGAAGGACCGUUAUACCGCGUUCGAAAAGAUUGUUAACCUGUUUGCGCUCUUCUACUACGAUGACUCCAUGUGAAAAGCUCUGACAAGAGCAAGGUCGUGGUCAGUGUUACACCGUACGUCAACUGGUCGCCAUAACAUCUUCACGUGAAAUUUGUAAUUAUUCCCUUCGUGAGAAAAUGAUUCUAUCGAGCGUUCAUUGGAAAAUUAACGAAAUUUUCUUUACAUUCCUCGUAGAAAUUUAUACCUUUUAACUGUUAUCUUCGAAUUUGACGAAAGAGGUAAAGGAAGUGAAGUGAUGCCGAUCUGUUUGUACAAUUUGUGAAACUUAUAGUGGAAAAAUAUUCGAUAAGUUUCGUGAUUACGAUUCCCUCUUUUGGGAAUGAUUGGAGGAAUAUUGAGUCGUUGAAAAUGGAUCGGCUGCUCGAUUGUUUGAACAGAGUAGUGGUAAUUUUGGAGUGUGUUUUCUUAAAAAUUUUGGACCAAUACUGCUCGGGAAAUUUUACAAAGAGAAUAAAGUAAAAUGGAAGAGGAGUCGAGUAUUAAUUUGUUGUCAAGAAACAACGAUUGGAUAACAAAAAUUCAAGGAGAAUUUAUUAAUUGUGAUUGAAGAGCAAAGUUAUUUCUGUUGCAAAGUUACACAAAUGCUUUAAUUGUUGAAAGAAUGAUACUCGAAGAGCUAUUUCUUCAUUAGAUUGUAAUGUACAAUAUUAUAUUAUGCGAGAGAUUGGUAGCAAAUCAAAUAAAAAGGCAGUGUCGUGAUGAAAAUUUCAUGUAUAUCGAUUAUUUAGAAGAAAAGAAGCUUCUAGAUUGUACUGCAUUUGCUAUCUCUUCAGAAGUAGACGAUUGAUAAGGAGAGAGAGAAAGAGAGAGAAAGAGAGAGAGAAAGGAAUGGGUAUCGAGAGCGUUUUAACCGGAGGCCUGACCUCGGCAUCCAGCGGACUUUCAUGGUUCUUUCCGCUGCUCGCUGCAGCCCUCGUUUAUUUCGAGUACGAAGUGAUGGACAACGAGGCACCACCGAUUAAUAUACCCUCUGAAGUGCUCUUGCCUGCUUAUGACUUUAUCGUGGUGGGAGCUGGUUCAGCAGGAGCUGUGGUGGCAAGUCGCCUGUCUGAGAUAGAAAAUUGGAACGUGCUCCUUCUGGAGGCUGGCGGCGACGAAACGGAAAUCUCUGAUAUUCCUCUGCUUGCCGGGUACUUACAGCUUAGCCAACUCGAUUGGCAAUACAAAACUGAACCAAAUGGACAGUCCUGUCUAGCGAUGAGCAACGGCCGCUGCAACUGGCCACGGGGUAAGGUAAUAGGAGGCAGCAGCGUGCUCAACUACAUGCUCUACCUUCGCGGCAACAAGAAGGACUACGACAUAUGGGAGAGCCAAGGGAACCGGGGAUGGUCGUUCAAGGACGUGCUCUACUACUUCAAGAAAUCGGAGGACAAUCAAAACCCUUACCUGACCAGAACACCGUACCACGCGACAGGAGGUUACCUGACCGUCCAAGAGGCACCUUGGCACACUCCUUUGGCAACUGCCUUCAUUCAAGCCGGCCAAGAGAUGGGAUACGAGAACAGGGACAUCAACGGGGAGCAGCAAACAGGUUUCAUGAUCGCCCAGGGAACGAUCAGGGGGGGGAGUCGGUGCUCCACGUCGAAGGCGUUCCUCAGGCCUGCGAGGCUUCGCAAGAACUUGCACAUCGCCAUGCAAUCGCACGUGACGAAAAUCCUGAUAGAUCCAAAGUCCAAGAGGGCGUACGGGGUGGAGUUCGUCAGGGAUCAGAAGAUGUUCAGGAUCCGUGCGAAGAAGGAGGUGAUAGUCUCCGGUGGUUCCAUCAACUCCCCCCAAUUGCUGAUGUUGUCGGGUGUCGGGCCCAGGGAGCACUUGUCCAAACACGGUAUACCGGUUGUCCAGGAUUUAAGGGUCGGAUUCAAUAUGCAAGAUCACGUGGGUUUGGGAGGGCUCACGUUUCUCGUCGACAAGGAGAUCUCUAUGGUGGAGAAGAGGUUGCACACCGUUCAAACAGUGAUGCAAUACGCCAUCUUUGGGAACGGGCCGCUGACGGUGCUCGGCGGUGUGGAGGGUCUGGCUUUCGUCAACACCAAGUACGUGAACGCCUCUGACGACUUUCCGGAUAUAGAGCUCCACUUCGUGUCCGGCUCGACCAACUCUGACGGCGGCAGGCAGAUAAGGAAGAUCCACGGGUUGACGAAGAGGUUCUACGACACCGUGUACGGGGCCCUCAACGACAUGGACGUGUGGAGCGUGAUACCCAUGCUUUUAAGGCCUAAAAGCAAAGGUGUGAUCAAGUUACGUAGCAAGGAUCCGUUCGCCCAUCCGUUGAUAUACCCCAAUUACUUCAAGGAGCCGGAGGAUAUCGCCACGCUGGUCGAAGGCGUUAAGAUCGCCGUCGCCUUGAGCCGAACCCAAGCUUUCAGACGUUUCGGAAGCGAGGUAAAUUCGAAGCAGUUUCCAGGCUGCAAGAAUAUCCCUGUGUACAGCGACCCGUAUUGGGAGUGCAUGAUCAGGCACUACACGGUCACCGUUUACCAUCCCGUGGGCACGUGCAAGAUGGGCCCUUAUUGGGACCCGGAGGCUGUCGUCGAUCCCGAGCUCAGGGUUUACGGAAUCAACGGGUUGAGGGUGAUCGAUGCGUCCAUCAUGCCGAAUUUAGUCAGUGGGAACACGAACGCACCGGUCAUCAUGAUCGGGGAGAAGGGUUCCGAUAUGAUAAAGGAGUUUUGGUUGAAGAGAACGAGUAGGAGAACUGUAGCUGGUUUUGUGAAGUAAUUCCUCAAUGUGCACCUCUGUAGAUAUGAAUAUAGUUUGUAAAUAUCGAUUGGACGAUUAUAUUCUUAAUGUAAUUUUAUUUAAUAUAGUCGAAUUUAAGAUACGAUGAAUUUGUAAAAAAAGAGAACAUAUAUAUAUAUAUAGUUAUAUAUAUUGUGUUUUGAUGGUGGUAUAAAGUUACACAAUGUUUAAUGUAUAAUAAUUUAAGCGUUGUUAGGUUUUCUUGGUAGCCUUUUUUAGUCCAUGAUAGUUAGUGCAAAAUUUAUCGAAUUAAUUUCAUGUAUUUUUUUAAAUGUAUUAAUAUUAUUAUUAUUAUUUAUCGAAUUACUUUUAGUUCAACAGAUUUAAUGCAAAAUUGUUAAAAAAUUUUAUAUUUCGAGUUAAACAAUAUCUGUACAAGAUAUGUAAAUAAGAAAAUGUAUAAUACUACAUUUUAUGCAUCGAUAUUAAUUUUUAUUUUUUUAAUAUAAAUAUUAUUAGUUUAUUAAUACGAUACGAUUAAGUAUAUGUACAUUACUUUAUGUAAAUAUCUCGAAAAAAAUUUAAGUUUAUAUCGAUUGUUUUCAAUAUCUUACAUAUAUGUAUGUUAAUUUUGUUCAAUUUUGCAAUUGUUGCACUCGAUAUUCGAACGAAAAGAACAGCUGAUUCAGCGACAUGUAAGCAGCGGCUUACGUCUUCGCAUCGGCAGUUGGUUUUCGUGGUUUGUCGUAAAAUAUAUUGUGCGAUUCAAUGAUUGCGUGACGUUUUGUGCAAUUUUGUGGAAUUAUAUAUCUAGGUGAAGUUUAAGAAUUUAUUAAAAAAAAAAUACUUUUA